AUCUCAUGCCCACUCAGCCGCUCUUCUCUCUCUCUCUCUCCGACUUCACAUCGCUACGCUCUCUACUCACUACUACGCACAAACAUACAAACACACUCACUUUCUUUCAUUUUCUCGAGAAAAUAAAUCAAAAUUCCCACCUCCUAGAUUUUUUAUAUAUACAAUUAAUUACUCUCACAUCAAACACAGGGUUGUUAUGAAAAAAAACAUAUGAAAUUCCUAUAGAGACAAAUUAAAGAGAGAGAGAGAGAAAGAGUUGAAAGACACAACAGAUUCAUCAAAGCCCUGAAUCGACGGCGCGUUUGGGAACUCCACCGACUCCACAGACUCUUCCUUCUCUCUCUCUAUAUAUCUUUCUUCUUCAUCUUUAUCUCUCUCCAACACCGUUCAAAUCAGAUAUGGCAUUUGAUCAGAACUCUAUUCCCCAAGAUCUACGGCCGUUAAACGUAGCUCGAAGUAUAGCAGAAGAGCCACGCAUUGCACCUGCGCCGGCUGCUUCUGCUUCUACAGCUAGAAACAUAGAAGGGUUUUUCCCCAACCCGCCUCUGGAGGCCGGGAGCACCGGUUCCAUACCCGUUUUUUAUCCAGCUGGGACAGUGUCCGAAGCCGGGUUUUUUGGUUUAGGGUAUGGAAAUGGGGCUCCGGGUGUUGCCAUGUGGGGCCCUCGCAUGCCCAUGACUUCGGUGGGGCAUCCUGGUGCUGUUGGUGUUGGGUUUGGUUAUAAUCCCAAUUUUGGCAAUCGGGUUGGUGGCAAUGCUGUUGAUCUUGCUAGUGGUGCUAUGGCGGCUACUGGGACUGGGUAUAGUGUGAAUUUGGGCAAUUGGGUUGGUGGCAAUGGAGCGGAUCAGGUUGGCGGUGAUAUGGCAACUGGGAAUGGUUAUAAUGUGAAUUUGACCAAUAGGGUUGGUGGCAGUGGCGCGGAUCAGGUUGGCAGUGAUAUGGCAACUGGCUUUGGUUACAAUCCCAAUUUGGGAAGUAGGAUUAGUGGCAAUGCCAAUGAACAGACUGGGAAUAGUUUAGCUGCUGGUUAUGGUAAUAGUUCCAAUUUGGGCAACCGGGGUGCUGGCAAUGGGGCUGAUCAGGCAAGUGAUGAGGGUGGCGAUGAUUCAGUGUCAGGGAAGAAAGUAAAGUUUUUGUGCAGUUUUGGGGGAAAGAUUUUGCCUAGACCAAGCGAUGGGAUGUUGAGAUACGUUGGAGGACAGACAAGAAUCAUUAGUGUUAGGAGAGAUGUGAGCUUUAGCGAGCUGAUGCAAAAGAUGGUGGAUACUUAUGGGCAACCUGUGGCUAUCAAAUACCAGCUCCCCGAUGAGGAUCUUGAUGCAUUGGUGUCUGUUUCGUGCCCUGAAGAUCUUGAUAACAUGAUGGAUGAAUUUGAGAAAUUGGUUGAGAGGUCUUCGGAUGGAUCUGCUAAGUUAAGGUUGUUUUUGUUUUCUGCUUCAGAACUUGAUCCUUCUGGUAUAGUACAGUUGGGGGAUUUACUUGAUAGUGGGCAGAGAUAUGUUGAUGCAGUGAAUGGGUUAACAGAUGGAGUUGGUGGUGGAAUUAUGAGGAAGGAAAGCAUGGCGAGUGCUUCUUCAACCCAAAAUUCUGAUUUCAGUGGGACUGAAGCUGUUGAUAGCUUGGGCCCUGGUCAAGGUGAUGUUAAAGGACCUUCAUCAACUGGCAUGUUAUCGCCCAGGGGAAAUUUAGCUACUUCUAAUGACACUGCUCCAAGAUUAAUGUGUGUAGAUCCCAACCCUGCAGUUUAUACAGAUGCCUCUACAGUUCCAUUAGGCAUUCCUGUGGUUAAGUCUGGCCCUCCCCAAACUUCAUCUUCUCAGCCCGAGGUUGAGUUAGAAAGGUCCGUGCCUAUUACUGUAUCACAGCCACAAUUGGGGCUGCAGCAAACUGGAAUGGACGUUCCAACUUCUGGAACUUAUUUGCAGGCUUAUGUUGAUCCUCGCCAAGAAGUUAUGAAGCAUGCAGAUUAUCUGCAGCUUUGUCCUCAAAUGGGGUUCCCAAAUCAUCAGCUGUUGGGGACUUCAGGGUCUUUAUACACCCAACAGCACUUCCGUGAUGGCACUGGUGGCAUUACUCCCCAUCAGUAUGUUCCUGCAGUGCACAUGACCAUGACUCCUGCACCUUCUCAUGUCAGUGUAAGACCAAAUAUGAUUCAGCCAAUGAUGCAACCACAACAAACUCGAUUGGAUCAUUAUGUUGAUGAAACCAAAUUUGGACCAAGGGUUGUCCAGGUUCCCAUUGAGCGGAGCUACAAUACAUAUCAAGUUCAGGCCCCAUCUGCAAUUGGAGGAUAUGGCUGGCAUCAGGUUCCAGUGCCUGAGCAUGUAAUCUUCUCUGAUGGAUCGGUACCUCAUCAGCAGGUAAUGUAUCCUGAAAAAGGCCUAAGGUUUGAGGACUGUUAUAUGUGUCAAAAAGCAUUGCCUCAUGCACAUUCUGAUACUUUGGUACAGGAUCAAAGAGACUCAGGUGCAAGUUGUGUGUCUACUUCUAACUCAAUUCAUCAUAGUCUCCGUUUGGAGGAAAAUAUGAGGGCUCAGCCAAUGAACAGGGUUAUGGUAACUGGAGCCUUGGGGGAAGGCAUUGUAGAUCAGAAAGUUGGGGCUCAACCCAUGGUCCUUGGUCAGGUGGAUCCUCAAGUUGGGAUAACUCAAUCAGACACAACUGCAUUUACUCGAAGUCCGGAGACACAGAAUGAAAAUGAGAGGACUAUUCUCCAAAAGGAAGAUGAUCUUGAUAAACCUCGUAUUUCAGCUCCCCUGAGUGUGAUUGGUAGGACAGGUGAUGUACAGUCAUCUUAUGCUGCAUUCAUAGGCACUGCACCUCAGUCUUAUCUAGAUGAUGCUGUCCAGCAGCAUUCAGUGCCAGCCCAAUACCAGGUUAAAAAGGAUGCCUUAGCGAAUAAACCCAUUAAUGGUGAUAUAGCGUCAGCUGCAGGUGCACCAGUUCAAAAUUCAGAACGUAUAUUUCAGGAGUCUCCAAAAGAAUAUCCUAACAAACAUCCUGGCAUUCUUCCAAAAGAAGACACUGCAGACGCUUAUUUUUCCUAUGAUCAGCUGAGACCAAUUGAUGGGAGGAUGGAUUCCCUCAGAAUAUCCCCUUCUGAAACUUAUAAUAAUGAGCACAGCAAGGCACCUCUUGAUAAAAUUAGAAAGGAAGACAGCUUUGAUCACAAACCGCAGCAAGUUUCAGGGAAGGAGGUGCUUCUAGAUAAUACUUGUGGCAAACCCAAAUUAGUUCUUGAGACAAAUCACAAUAAACCAUCUGAAGGUAUGCCUUAUCCCUCUACAGAAGUUUCCUAUGUGCAUGGUUCUCAAGCAUUGGAGUCCUAUGAGGUGGCUCAAUCUGCUAUUUGGGCUAAUCCUGAAUCAUACUCUCAAUCAAAUGUUGGUAUUCAUAACUUGGAUCCUGAGGAAAUUCAUUAUGGCAACCCUGUAUUAUCUGGUGUUGAGUCUUCUCAUCUAACUGAUAGAAUUCCAGCCCCUGCUGAGCUGAAGGAUGACACUUCACGUAUCCAGCCCAAGAUGGUACCAAUUGGUGUGGAAGCCUUCCCCUCGAGUAAUAAUACACUGUCUUCUUUAUCUCCAUCUGGUAGAACUGGAGAUGUUCAAGAUUCAUCAAGCUCACUUUUCAGCAAUCAGGAUCCUUGGACUCUGCGCCAUGAUACUUAUUUUCCACCUCCAAGACCAAACAAAGUUCUGCCCAAAAAAGAAGUCUCUGCUAAUAGGGAUCCAUUUGGUGAGAGCCGUUUGGGCAAUAGUGGGGAACUCAAUACAGAAGUACGCCUGGAGGAUGGACUUCACCAGUCACUGGGCAAUCAGAACAAGGAUUUCCAUUCAGAGCAUUCUAGGUCUUCUAAAGGCUCAGUGGAGGAACAGAUUAAGCAAGAUCUUCAAGCUGUUGCUGAGGGAGUAGCUGCUUCUGUUCUUCACUCAGCUACAUCUUCCAAUCCUGACUUGCAUGACAGAAAUGAGUCUGAAGCUAUUCAAGAUGGAGAUAAUCAAAAUAGCAGUGUUGACAUGCAGCGCAAAGCUAAAGCUGAGGAUGUCAAGAACAAACUGCCGGAUAAGGCACACCUUGGUUUUCCAGUAGCAGAUGGCAUUGGCCGCUUGCAGAUUAUAAAAAACAGUGACCUUGAAGAGCUGAGAGAAUUGGGUUCUGGCACCUUUGGCACUGUUUAUCAUGGAAAAUGGAGGGGUACUGAUGUCGCAAUCAAACGGAUAAAUGAUAGGUGUUUUGCUGGGAAGUCUUCAGAACAAGAGCGGAUGAGAGAUGAUUUCUGGAAUGAGGCAAUCAAGCUUGCUGACCUGCACCAUCCCAAUGUGUUAGCUUUCUAUGGUGUUGUGCUUGAUGGCCCUGGAGGUUCUGUGGCAACAGUGACAGAGUAUAUGGUUAAUGGUUCUUUAAGAAGUGCAUUGCAGAAAAAUGAGAAGAAUCUUGACAAGCGUAAGCGCCUCUUGAUUGCAAUGGAUGUGGCCUUUGGAAUGGAGUACUUGCAUGGAAAGAAUAUAGUGCAUUUUGAUUUGAAAAGUGACAAUUUACUGGUCAAUCUCCGAGACUCUCACCGCCCAAUAUGUAAGGUUGGUGACUUGGGCCUAUCCAAGGUAAAAUGUCAGACACUGAUCUCAGGUGGUGUUCGGGGAACACUCCCUUGGAUGGCACCAGAGCUUUUGAAUGGUAGCAGUAGCCUUGUUUCUGAAAAGGUUGAUGUAUUUUCAUUUGGUAUUGUAUUAUGGGAACUCCUUACUGGAGAAGAGCCUUAUGCAGAUUUGCACUAUGGGGCUAUCAUAGGGGGUAUUGUGAGCAACACACUGCGACCACCUGUACCAGAAUCUUGUGACCCAGAUUGGAGAUCACUGAUGGAGAAAUGUUGGUCAGCAGAGCCAUCAGAAAGACCAAGCUUCACUGAAAUUGCGAAUGAGUUACGUUCUAUGGCAGCAAAGCUUCCUCCCAAAGGACAAAACCAACAGCAGCAACUCCCCCCCUCCAUACAGUCUCAAGUUCAGAAAUGAUCACGGGCAAGCCGCUUCCACUUGGAGUCUCUCCCUAUGGGCUAAAGGCCUGUGUCACAGGCUGUUGGAAGAUAAGUGAUGUCUUGUGCUUGAAUGUAACGAGGAAGAUCGUCUUACUCUCUAUGGUUAGAAAUUUUUUAGUGGCUACAAGUUUUCAGUUUUUUAGGUCUAGAUUCCUGAUGUAUGUGCUGCUGUACAUUUCUUCUGUCAUUUUUGUGUUACCAAAACCCCAUUAGAUCAUUAGUAAUUUGGGUAUGAUUGGCGCCAAUGCUUUGUUUGAGCUCCUGCUACCCUUAAGAAGGGGUGUAAUAUUUUCUUUUUCAAAUUCUCUUAGCUCAAAUUUUGAGGAAUCUCUACAUGAUCACCUAUCCAUACUUCUGAAUUAGGAUUCUUUAAGAGUUACUACGGUAA